AUGGCAUCAGUACAAACGCGAGUCAACGGCAAUGGCACCGCAGUGCGGCCUGCACAGGCAGAGAAGGAGGGCGCAAAAGAGAACAUCUUCCUCUUCAUCCCAAAUCUGAUUGGAUACUCGCGCGUCUUCCUCGCCUUGAUUUCACUCUACUACAUGCCCCUCCACCCGCGUACAUGCACCCUCCUGUACAGCAUAUCCUGUCUGCUCGACGCGCUCGAUGGAUACGCGGCCCGAGCAUAUGAGCAGAGCACCAAGUUUGGUGCUGUGCUAGACAUGGUAACGGACAGGUGUACAACAACCUGCUUGCUCGUCUUCUUGGCGCAGGCUUUCCCUCGCUUCAGCAUCGUCUUCCAGGGCCUUAUUUCGCUGGAUCUGGCCAGUCACUACAUGCACAUGUACGCGACCCUGAGCAUGGGUGGCAGCGGCCAGAGCCACAAGAACGUGGACGAGAGCAGGAGUUGGUUGAUGAAACAAUAUUACUCUAACAACAAAGUUCUCUUCACCCUCUGCUUCAUGAACGAAAUGUUCUUCAUCGCCCUCUACCUCCUCUCUUUCAGCUCCCCGCUCCUCUCACCCACCCUGUUCUCCGACCUCAACAACCCAUCCUCCAUCCAGCCCGGUUCGCCUGCCGCUCCUAAACCCUCCAUGUUCUUCGCCAGUCCUUUCUCCGCCGCAGCCAUGGAGAUGGCUCGUGCCAACAAGAUGGACUCGACGGUCCCGUGGAUCUGCAUGCUUACCUCGGCUCCCUUUAUGGCUAUCAAGCAAUGGAUCAAUGUGGUACAGAUGGUCAAGGCGAGUCAGUGGCUUGCUGAGGGUGACAGGAAGGCGCGGAGGAAGGCGGGUUUGCCUAGGAGGGGUUCCAAGAAGAGUCAAUAGAUGACUUGUGACAUGUGACAAGGCAUGAGACUGGCGAGUUACACGUAUGGAGCCGGUAAAGGGGCUCACUGGUUGAGGAGACGCGCCGCGCGCCGAGUGGUAUUUUGGCGGCUGCACCUGCAGACUUUCUGCGUGCACAUUCGGCGCAUUUCAUUUUCACUUUUUCGUCCAUCUACUCAUAUUGUAGUGAUCUGCGACUUCACUUGUUUGUUUUACUCCUUCUUCAUUCGCUUUCAGCUCAAACUUUUCUUGUACGAUUGCAUCUUUGCCUCUCAACAGAAGGGCCAUACGGCGCGAGAUGAACAUGUACUCCAUAGAGUUACAUAAUAAUACGUUUGUUUUCACUGCAUGAAAACUGUCCGAAGCUGAAAUUGCGAUUUUCAUUGCGCUAUGAAUAGUCUGUGGUCCUCUAGUUCUUACUAUACCGUCUGUUUCCGUCAAUACAACAACAAUACGCAACUCAUGCAAUCAUGUCAAAUCCGCUCCAGCCCGUUCU